AUGCAUGGAGGGAAGAGAGGACUGGUGGCUCCGCAAAACACUUUUCUGGAAAAUAUCGUCCGGCGCUCCAGCGAAACCAGCUUCUUAUUGGGCAAUGCACAGAUUGUGCAGUGGCCGGUGGUGUACAGCAACGAUGGAUUCUGCAAGCUGUCCGGAUACCACCGAGCUGAAGUCAUGCACAAGAGCAGCACCUGCAAUUUCAUGUAUGGUGACCUGACUGAUAGGAAGACAAUAGACAACAUCAGAAGGACCUUUGACAACUAUGAGUCCAACUUCUAUGAGGUGCUGCUCUACACAAAGAACAGAACACCCAUAUGGCUUUACAUGCAGGUGGCUCCGAUCAGAAAUGAAAACGAUAAGGUGGUGCUUUUCCUCUGCACCUUCAGAGACAUCACCCUCUUCAAACAGCCCAUUGAAGACGAGUCAACAAGAGGAUGGACAAAGUUUGCCAGACUGACCCGUGCACUCACCAACAAUCGAAACCUGGUGCAGCAGUUAGCACCACUGAGCCAGACUGAAGUCAGCCACAAGCCCUCCAGACUGGCUGAGGCCCUUCAGCUAGGAUCAGACAUUCUCCCUCAGUACAAACAGGAGGCCCCUAAGACCCCCCCUCACAUCAUCCUCCACUACUGCACCUUCAAGACCACCUGGGACUGGGUCAUCCUCAUCCUCACCUUCUACACGGCCAUCAUGGUUCCCUAUAACGUCUCCUUCAGGACCAAGCAGAACAACCUGGCGUGGCUGGUGGUGGACAGCGUGGUGGACGUCAUCUUCCUCAUCGACAUUGUGCUCAACUUCCACACCACCUUUGUGGGCCCCUCUGGAGAGGUGAUUUCAGAUGCCAGGCUGAUACGGAUGAAUUACCUGAAGACGUGGUUUGUCAUCGACCUGCUGUCCUGUCUGCCCUAUGACAUCAUCAAUGCCUUCGAAAAUGUAGAUGAGGAUAUUAUCACAUCUGCAAGUUCAGCAAGUCAUCUCCGCGAGUCCUCAAACUUCCACAGGAAUAGCACACGGACUGAAGAUUCUGUACUACCGGGUCUCAGCAGCCUGUUCAGCUCCCUGAAGGUGAUCCGCCUGCUUCGGCUCGGCAGAGUGGCCCGUAAGUUGGACCACUACCUGGAGUAUGGAGCGGCUGUGCUGGUUCUGCUGGUGUGUGUCUUUGGACUGGUGGCUCACUGGCUGGCCUGCAUCUGGUACAGCAUCGGGGACUAUGAGGUUAUUGAUGAGACCACCAACACCAUUAAGACGGACAGCUGGCUCUACCAGUUGGCCCUCAGUAUCGGGACUCCAUACCGCUACAAUGCCAGUGGUACAGGACAGUGGGAGGGUGGACCUAACAAGGAUACGCUGUACAUCUCCUCUCUGUACUUCACCAUGACCAGUCUCACCACCAUCGGGUUUGGAAACAUUGCUCCGGCCACAGACGGCGAGAAGAUUUUCUCUGUGGCGAUGAUGAUGGUUGGCUCACUUCUGUACGCCACCAUCUUUGGAAACGUCACCACCAUAUUCCAGCAGAUGUACACCAACACAAACCGUUACCACGAGAUGCUCAACAAUGUCCGUGACUUCCUAAAGCUUUAUCAGGUUCCCAAAGGUCUGAGUGAGCGGGUCAUGGACUUCAUUGUGUCCACAUGGGCCAUGUCAAAGGGCAUCGACACAGAUAAGGUUCUUGCAAUAUGUCCCAAAGACAUGCGUGCAGACAUCUGCGUCCACCUGAACAGGCAAGUGUUCAACGACCACCCAGCGUUUCGUCUGGCCAGCGACGGCUGUCUACGCUCUCUUGCUGUGGAGUUUCAGACCACACACUGCGCACCCGGAGACCUCAUCUUUCAUAUCGGAGAAAGCGUCGACACGCUCUGCUUCGUGGUGUCUGGCUCACUUGAAGUCAUACAAGAUGAUGAGGUCAUCGCAAUACUAGGAAAAGGUGACGUGUUUGGAGACGUGUUCUGGAAGGAGACCACGAUGGCCCGGUCUUGUGCAAACGUCCGAGCUUUGACGUACUGCGACCUUCAUGUCAUCAGGAGGGACGCCCUGAUGAAGGUGCUGGAGUUUUACACCGCGUUUGCCAACACGUUUUCCAAAAACCUCAUCCUGACCUGCAACCUACGAAAACGGAUCAUCUUCAGAAAGAUUGCGGAUGUAAAGAGGGAGCAGGAGCGCCAAAGGACCGAGGUGACCCUCUCAAUCCCUGAUGACCACCCGGUCCGUAAGCUGUUCCAGAGGUUCAGACAGCAGAGAGACGCUCAGGUACCAGGAGAAGCCAACGCUUACUAUGAUCACAACUGUGUGCAAGUGGAGUCAAACUCUUUACCUGUCGCCCCUCAACAGCCAGCCAUGCAGAAUAAUGCAUCCUGCAUGGGAGGAGGCCUGGCUGCACCUCAGCAAGCUUUAGUGCACGCAGAGAAGUCAGAGCAAAGGUUUACACAGGAAGCCGGGGAGUCUAAAUCAAAGCCUUGUUCAGAAAACCAGCUGCCCUGCCCUGUGAAAAACAGCAGUACAGGCAAAGAGGGAGCUGCAAGUGGUGCUACAAGCAGCAAAGGUGCUCGAGGAUGGGCCAAAUUUAGAAACGCCACUUCAGCUGCACCACCGCCUCCUGCCGUUGAGCCUGAGAAGCAGCCAAAGAAGGAGGAGGAGUGGCCUAAAGGAUCCUCCGAACAGAUAGCAGUGACUAAAAAGAACCAGGAUUCAGAGGAAGGUGGAGAGACAGGAAGCACAGAGGGAGGAAACAGCGCUGUAGAAACAGGCGAAGAGACAAGCGCCCUGCACAAAACAGACUCCUGCGACAGUGGCAUCACAAAGAGCGAUCUACGCAUCGACCGAGCUGGAGAUUCAAGAAGCUCCUUUGAGAGAAGCCCGUUAGAAAAGAGCCCGAUGGAGAAAAAUCCAUUCGGGCUCAACCUUGGGGUCGAUGCCCUCAAACACUCUUUCCCUCAGCCCACAGCUGAACAGGCGCUCCUCCAUGCCACCCUGCAUGACGCCAAACUGGAGCUGAAAGCAGACAUUCAGAUCCUGAGCGGCCGCCUGUCGGUGCUAGAGUCUCAGGUGAGCGAAGUGCUCAGGCUUCUGUCGGUGAAAAGGAGACUGUCACUGCCACCGACGUCAUCCCCAAAGGCCAGAGCGAAAAGUCCGGACUUGGUUGAAGCAUCUUGCAGGCCUCUUACACCACAAAAAGACGAUGGACCUUUUUGA